UAAUGAUGUCUAACACCUUCAUGGCAAUACACUUCAGCGAGACUCGUAUACAUAUGGACUACGAUGUCAUCCUGAUGUACAUUUCGGACGUCCUCAUCAUGGUAAACAUCCUUGCAAACUGCUUCACCGGCUACCUCGAGGGUUACACGUACAAAUACGUGGUCCUCGACCUGAAGAGUAUAUUCUGCAAGUACUCCAGGACUUGGCUCAUUGUCGACUUGAUAGCUGCAGUGUCAUUUCUGCCUGUGAUGCUGCAUAUACCGGAUGUAACGCCACACCUUAUUCUGGAGACUAUGAAGAUAUUUCGACUGCCGGUCCUGUAUAUCUAUAUGUAUAAUAUUAUGCAAGCUUUCAAGGUUAAUUUGAAAAUGAAAACAAUUGUUGAAAUAUUCAUGUUCAUAUACACGUAUGUAGUAUGGAACAUAUACUUGCAAUUUGCGACGGAGUAUAUCCUGGAAGGUUCGUACAGUCCUCAGAAUCCCCGUAAAUGUUCCUGGAUGACAAUGGCAAAACUGUGGAAUGAGACGUCGGUAGUCCGAUUCGUAUAUUCUUUAGAAAGAGCUAUCAGCAUGCUAAGGAAGAAUUUUAACUUAAACGUUAUGAGAGAGGAAGAUUGCUAUGAAACGUUUUACAUAGCGUCAUGGCUGAUCGCAAAGCUGCUGGUGUACCAUUGCGCGUUCAUAUACAUAAUAUCAGUAUACGGCCAGGAGUCGGCAGCAGCCAAAUACUUCACCAUGAUGCGUCAAGUCGACUUGUACAUAAACCAGAGAAAACUCCCGCCCAGGAUCAAAAAGAAGAUACUCAAAUUCUAUACAAUCAAAUAUCAGUCCAGCUUUUUUGUGGAAGCGCCGAUCCUGGCCUGUGUAUCGGGCCAGCUCCGGGAAGACAUCAUCAUGCACACAGGAAGACAGCUGGUGCGAGAGCUGGAGUUCCUCAAGCAAAUGCCGCGGACGCUGCUGCUGCAGAUCGGCUUCAAGCUCAAGCUGGUCAUAUUCAUCGCUGGAGACAUUAUUUACAAGAUCAACACUGUUGGCGACUGCCUCUACUUCAUCGACAAAGGCACUGUGGCCAUCUACUCCGAAUCAGGCAAAGAGGUCUGCCAUCUUGAAGACGGGGAUUUCUUCGGCGAGAUCGCUCUAGUAAUGAAACAUCGCUUACGAACCGUGUCCGUUGUAGCUGUCACCAAUUGCGAACUCUUUAGAUUGAACAGGGAAGACUUCAACUCCUCAAUAGCGUGCUACCCGACAGUGUAUGAGCACAUAAAGAAGGUAGCAAUACAAAGACAUGAGAGGACUUGCGUGCUUGAUGAGAAUCACAAGACUGAGAUGAGGAAUGUUGAUAGGUAUAAAGACCAUUUGAAGGAAUCUUGAAUUAGUUUCGUAAUAUAAAAUAAUGACACGCAGUAGGGAUUUCUGCAGU